CUAGCUAUCACGUUUCUUUGAGACCGAUAUAGUCUCUUGUCCAGAGAUGCUGAGUUGGGGACACUCGUAGCAUUAGAGCCACAACUGCGGGAUGGCUACAAUAAUCAAACCGGCAAACAAGCUCUAAGGAUCAAGUGUGCAUUAGCCCACGCAGGGAAAAAGAAGAUAUAGGAGAACGAUCCAAACCAGAAGUUAACUGAAGCUUUAAAUGGAGAAACAGAUGGAUUCUGAAUCUUCAAAGCAGGCCUUUAUGUCCUUAUAAAAAUGACUGUCCUGUAUAAAAAAGCUCCUCACACCAAACCAUGAACCAUCAUCGUUAUUGGCUUUUAAUGUCAAACGUUCAGUCUGAACAGCAUAAUGCUGUUUGAAAAAACAUCACUAAUAGGAAGAAAGCUAUUUCAAAUUCAAUACACUAAAUAGAAGUAAAUGCAACAUAAUGCCUUCAAAGGUCUCAUGCUUAUAUGUUUUGACAGUUGUUUGCUGGGCAAGUGCUCUCUGGUACUUAAGUGUAACCCGCCAAUCAUCUUCAUAUGUAGGCCAUACUACAUCAAUUAGUCAAAGACAGGUAGUGAAGAAAAGAAACAUAACUUUCAACAACAUUCGAACUCGCCCUUUGAAUCCGCAUUCCUUUGAAUUUCUCAUAAACGAGCCUAAAAAAUGCGAAGCCAAGACUCCCUUUCUGGUUAUCCUCAUUAGCACGACGCACAAAGAGUUUGAUGCCAGGCAAGCCAUCCGAGAGACUUGGGGGGAUGAAAAUAAUUUUAAUGACAUCAAAAUCAUCACGUUGUUUCUUCUUGGCCAAAAUACAGAUCUUGUUUUAAAUCAAAUGGUAGAACAGGAGAGCCAGAUUUUCCAUGACAUCGUUGUGGAAGACUUUAUAGAUUCUUACCAUAAUCUUACCCUGAAAACAUUAAUGGGCAUGAGGUGGGUGACCACUUUUUGCCCAAAGGCGAAGUAUGUCAUGAAAACAGACAGUGAUAUUUUUGUAAAUAUGGAUAAUCUGGUCUACAAACUACUGAAGCCAACAACAAAGCCAAGAAGAAGAUACUUCACUGGCUACGUCAUCAACGGAGGUCCUAUCAGGGAUGUUCGCAGUAAAUGGUACAUGCCCAGGGAUUUAUACCCUGAAAAUAAGUACCCACCCUUCUGUUCCGGCACUGGUUAUGUGUUUUCUACAGACGUUGCAGAACUCAUUUACAAAACCUCACUUCACACCACGCUGCUCCACCUUGAGGAUGUCUACGUCGGCAUGUGUAUGCGCAAAUUGGGCAUCCACCCGUUUCAAAACAGUGGCUUCAAUCACUGGAAAAUGGCUUACAGCCUGUGUAGAUACCGAAGAGUUAUCACAGUGCAUCAGAUCUCUCCUGAAGAAAUGCAUCGGAUUUGGAACGACAUGUCAAACAAGAAGCAUCUCAGAUGUUAAUACUGUACCUGGUGUGUGUGUGUGUGUGUGUGUGUAUAUAUAUAUAUAUAUAUAUAUAUAUAUAUAUAUAUAUAUAUAUAUAUAUACAUAUACACAUAUAUAUUUUUUAAAUGUUCAAGUAAUAAGAAGGGCCGGCUUGUAAUUUAUACAUAUCGCUCUGUUCCCAGCAGUUUGGGGUUUUGGACAUUUUUAUCAUAAAACUGUAUGUGUCUUCAACUAUUUACUGAUAUUUAACUUUGAAGGGAGUUAAUAAACAGAUAUGGUUCCAUAAGUGCAUGUGUACGUUUAAAUAAACAUGACACUGAUAUAUAUAUAUAUAUAUAUAUAUAUAUAUAUUUUACAAAACUUUUUUUUUUUUUUUAUUAGUGUCUUGAAACUAUCAGUCACUUGGCAAACCCAUAGAAGUCAGUGAUAAUGAUAUAUAGAUAAGUUGGUGCACAUUGUAUUUCAUCAAACACUACUGAAGUAGGCUCAAUUAAAAUAUAUAGUCGAGCAGGAAAUAAUGUAAAGCAUUUUGAUUGACAGUGCACUAUUUAUUUGUAGGAGUAACAUUCUUAGGCAAAAACUGAAGUUCAUUAUGGUCGAUUGCUGUUCUGCUGCUACUUUGCACCGAAAAAGAUACAUGAAGAAAGUAUUUGUUCAUUGAUUAUGCUUUAGAUAAGCAACAUUGGGAAAAAUUAAUUGCCAGCAAGUGCAUGUCUUAAACAUAUGCAAAAUGAAUUAUACGUAAAAUUCUGAGGCUAGUCCGUGAAUGUCUUUAUUUAUAUAUAUUGUAAAAAAGAAAAAAAUCUGAAAAAGGAAAAUAAGUAUCAAAAAAUGAUUACAAUCAUCAUUAUAGCUUAGUGUUAAAAAUCAACUGUGUAAAGUUUAUUGAUGCUUGAUCUAAAGGCUGUGUUUUUAUUAUGCUGUAUGUACAGAUCUUUGUAAUUUUUCUUCAACAGCAGUAAGUAUUACUGGGCAUACGUAUCCUGUUGUAAAAGUGAAAUAGGUUAUUUACAUUGUAUUAUUGAUGUGAAUGUGGAGUAUCUAAUUUAUUCACUGCUAAAGAAAUUAUUGCAGAUAAAUAUAUUUUGUAUUACAUGAACCAGAUGAAGACAAUUUAAACUGGCUUUAUAAUAUCAGAGCCAAUUUAAUUGGAACUGCUUAGAAUUUUUUUUUGAUUUAUUAUUAUGUACUAUAUGAACUGUUGUGAUAUUUACCGUGCAAACAUAAUUACAUUUUUCCUAUUGCAGAUUAUUGUAAUGUACAGUAUGACAUCUUUUUACAUUAAAAUAAACAUUAUUGAACAUUAUGAUGUACUUUACAGCACA